AUGAAAAACAAAGCUUCCUAUCCUAAGGGGAUGAGCAAGACAGAUGCUCAGGGGCCUAAGAUGAUGGUUGUGAGAAUCAAAAGAAAGGACAUACCAUUACACAAGAAGAGUAAUAAACUUAUUUAUGAAUAUAGUGUAUGGGAUAACAAGGUGACUCUACUCAUGAGCGAAGGAUAUAAUAAAGUACUUUAUGAAUGCAAAAGAAUGCCGAGAAUAUGUCCUGAAGAAGAAAAGGAAUUUGAAGUGGAGUUAGGGGAAGAUGAGGCCUUACUUCUCAGAACUUCUCCUAGAGAGCCCUAUUGCAGUGGUCUCAGGAAAAAUAUAAAGAAGAAAUUGUAUACGGCAAGGGAAACAUACAGGCUAUUUGACCCUGCAACAAAUUUAGACUUCAGCAGCGAUGAAUGUUCAGAAGCCUUUUUCGAAGAAUGGGAAAGAUUGUGGUGA